GGUUUUACUCUUCCCGUUUCGUGAUCCAUUUUAUUUUGAUAUUACCGAGCCACGUGUAUUCGAUACAGUUUGAUAGAGAAUCAGUUAUUAGUCCAAAAAAGAAAAACAACAAAUAUUUGUGUAAAGAAGAAACCACACGAAAAAUGAGUACUGCGACGCAUCAGCAGCCUUGGCAGGAGGAUAAAACAACGAAAACGUCCAAGAAACGUCACGCCAACAAUGAUUGCACGAUGGAGGUUGAGGUUAAUGGAAUAAAGGGAAAAGUACAGCAGCACUCACCUCAGAAGAAAGUCAAGAAUAUACACGAUGGAGAACAAAGAAAGAUAUCAGUACCAGCGCACAGAUACUCACCUUUGAAGGAAAACUGGAUGAAGAUAUUUACACCAAUCACCGAACAUCUAAAGUUGCAAAUACGAUUUAAUCUGAAGACCAGAAAUGUGGAAAUCAGAACGGCACCGGAGACAUCGGACCUCUCGUAUCUACAGAAGGCGGCAGACUUUGUGAAAGCGUUCAUCUGUGGAUUUGAGGUGGAGGAUGCUCUAGCUCUGUUGCGUUUGGACGAUCUCUUUGUGGAAUCCUUUGAGAUACAAGAUGUUAGGCAACAACUCAAAGGAGAUCACCAGUCUAGAGCAAUUGGAAGAUUGGCGGGCAAAGGUGGAAGAACCAAAUUUACAAUUGAAAACGUAACAAAAACCAGAAUUGUGCUGGCAGACAGCAAGAUACACAUACUUGGUUCUUACCAGAACAUACAAUUGGCUCGUUGGGCGAUAUGUGAUUUAAUUUUAGGUAGCCCAAUCUCCAAGGUUUAUGGACGAUUAAGAAAUAUAGCCAGUAAAGUCUCGCAACAGUUCUAAUGUAGUUUCUAUUUAUUUGUAUCAUAUAUACAUGUAUACACACAUAUUUGUUAAUAAAAAUUAUAAAAUUA